ACCGCACAUUCUCACUAUAUUCAGCAAACCAUGUCAGGUCAAUGGUAGGGGCGAGGUCCCCUCGCCCAACGGGUUGGGAGACCCAACCCCUACCCUGCGAUACGGCUCGCUGUCGAUUGACAAAUUCACAGCACCGUGGGAUCAUUUCUUGCUUUUUAAAACAGGUUCUG